CAUUUACGUACUAUCACCAUCACCGGCUCGCCUGCCCCUCUCUUCUCUUUGCGCCCUUGGCAAAUCGCCAAUUGGCUUUGGCUUCAACUGCCUGUUUUUAAUUGCAUAUUGUUCGUUCCUUUUUGCCCCCUUCACUGCUCUCACUCAUUCCACCUUUCCCCCACCUCGACCGGUUCAAGUCACAAGCUCAACGCCUUGUCUAGGUAGGCAAUGAAGAAGAACCUACGCAGUCAUGGCGGAUCCGAGGAGGUCCCCCGAUAAGUCGCAUCUCAAGGCAAAGAGCAUUCAACAACAGCAACAAAAACAACAACGAUCGCCUGCUCCGGCCCCCAUAGCCACACGGCCGACCUUUGUCGACGACGAUUCCGACGAUGAUGACGAGUCUAGCGAUCAGAUGCCCUUACCCAGAAGCCAUACACCAGGUCAUCUUGCCAGCAAAAGCAUACAAGCAAAUCGUCGAAAGCCUUCCGAUCUUUCUAUCCGGCAGCGCUCUCAAUCCGCAUCACAGACCGCCCCGCAAGGAGCUUCUACCUCGAGAGCAGCCCACAAACCGCCGCAUUCAAUCUCAACCAGCGCUGGCGAUGCCUCAAGUGAGGGAGAUCGACAUAAUCGGCGACCAACCGCUUCACGGUCGACAUCUGCCAUAACGAGCCGAACGACUGCACAAGCGACCGCUCGGUAUGCAUCGCAUAGAUCUCGCAUAUCACAAGACGAGUACACUGCGUUCCCGUCGCUUCCAGAUCCCCGGACCGCUCCAAACGUCGACGUGGCUCCAGCAUCUGGCAUGUACUGGUCCAAGGCACCUGUGUCAGGCGCUCCUCACACCUCAUUACGAGCACACACAACAACAAUCAUUGGCUCGAACGUUUAUGUAUUCGGCGGCUGUGACUCAAGAACAUGCUUCAACGAUCUCUACGUGCUGGAUGCCGAUUCUUUCCACUGGUCUAUACCUUAUGUCGUUGGUGAUAUACCUGUUCCUCUGAGAGCCAUGACAUGUACUGCCGUAGGCAAGAAACUCAUCGUGUUUGGCGGAGGUGACGGCCCAGAGUAUUAUAACGAUGUCUAUGUUUUGGAUACGACAAACUUCCGGUGGACAAAGCCCCGUAUUAUAGGAGAUAAGAUGCCGUCGAAGCGGAGAGCGCAUACUGCUUGUCUAUACAAGAAUGGUAUAUACGUAUUCGGCGGCGGCGAUGGGGUCCGAGCUCUGAAUGAUAUCUGGCGUUUAGAUGUUGCUGAUGUCAACAAAAUGUCAUGGCGAUUAGUGUCAAGUUCAGAUAAGUCAAGCCCUGGGUCAAAAGACUAUCGUCCCAAGGCAAGGGGCUACCACACUGCCAACAUGGUGGGCAGCAAACUCAUCAUUUUUGGAGGCUCUGAUGGCGGCGAAUGUUUCGACGAUGUAUGGGUUUACGACGUUGACGCCCAGUUAUGGAGAGCAGUCCCUAUCCCCGUUGCUUUCCGCCGUUUAUCACAUACGGCCACAAUAGUCGGCUCCUAUCUUUUUGUCAUUGGAGGCCACGACGGAAGCGAAUACUCGAAUGAUGUCCUGCUUUUGAACCUGGUUACAAUGACAUGGGAUAGACGUAGGGUCUACGGUAAAGCACCUUCAGGCCGUGGCUAUCACGGGACAGUGCUGUAUGAUAGCCGCCUCAUUGUCAUUGGAGGUUUCGAUGGAAGCGAGGUGUAUGGCGAUGUUAUGCUGUUAGAGCUAGCUGUGCAUGCAUAUUAUUCGCAAAUCAGCCAUUUUACUAUCGAGGUUUAGAGAUAUGAGCUAAUGCAGCUCCUUUGGAUAUAUUAGUGUGCUUGAUAAUCAAUUUGUUGUUCUGGGAAGGUAACUGAACCCUUCAAAAGAGGGCUAGCAGGGAGUCGGUGGUGCAGAUCUUUGUUAACUUAGUCUAGAAGAAUGAGAUGCUGGGUCAUCUUCAUAUGUCCUUGUAUAUACGCUUGAGAUAAAGAUGCUUGCUCAAUUCUUGCUGUCAUGGCUACAUAUGAUACAUUGGGUGCAAUUCAAACCCCAACCAAGAACGUUCCGGGCCAGUUUUAAGAGG